AUGGCUUUCCAGAAGUUUAUGGAAGAAUUCGUUAGGAAACGAGACUUAGAGGGUCUGAAGAACUACUUCACGAUUUGUCGAGAAACUACUGGUGAUGAAGAUCUGUCAUCACUUCUGGAAGUUCGAUUGAGGGAGAGGGGACUGGAUAUCGCAAGGGGUCCGGACGAAACUAUUGAAGAAAAUGUGCGGCGACACUUGGAAUUUGCACUGAACGUGUGCAAGAGUGGUCUUUGCGUCAAACAGACAGCUGUACAAACUCUUCAAGAUAUGUUUGAAGUUAGUGGAAUAGGACGUUGUGAACGAUUGUUCGGUAUUCUUGAGGAGAACAUGGUUCAGUUCAAGCAGUCACCCCUUGUUGAAACAUCACAGACUCCUAUACUGCGGAUGUGCAACGACCUUUUGAAAAGACUUAGUCGAAGUGCUGAGACCUCAUUUUGUGGUCGCAUUUUAUUCUUCCUCAGUAGGUAUCUUCCUUUGAGCGAAAAGUCGGGCCUGAAUUUGAUGGGACAUUUCAACACUCAGAAUGUGACCAAGUUCGAUACAUCAGAAACAGAUCCGGUUGAUCUUAUUAACGCCUCUGAUGAAGAAAUGGAAACCGGAGAGAUCAAGGAGACUAAAGAAGUGAAUAUUCCUGUCGAUCAUGCGCUAUACUCAAUGUUUUGGCAAAUGCAAUCGUUCUUCUCCAAUCCAACUAUUUGCUUCGAUAAACAGCAGUGGAUGACAUUCCAAAAGAAUUCUACUGAUGUAUUAGGCGUGUUUUCAAGUUAUAAGUUGGAAAAAUCUGGAGAUGAUGACGAAGACAAUGGAAAACGGCAUGCUUCGGAUGCGGAAACUGCUCGGAAGUUAAUUGAUGAGUCGGAUACGUACUUUGCAAAGUACCUAACUAGUCCAAAGCUUCUUCAACUACAACUGAAUGAUUCGCAAUUUCGACGUUACUUCCUGAUCCAAUUCAUUAUACUUUGUCAGUAUUUGACGAGUAAUCGAGCCAAACAGUGGGUUUUAUGGCAACUUACACCACUACUUUUGUUAGUAGCAAUAACUCAGUCGCUUUUCCCUUGUGUUGUUCCAUCUCCUGUGAAUUGGUCAGCCACUGUGCGACAAGCUGGACGUUCACUAUCAGUGGUGAAUCAUCGUCAGUUGUUUCAGUUUAUAAAGCGGAAGGUUACGACUCUUACUGAAGAACAAACUAAGUUUGUCAAUGAGAGCCAAGAGAAGUGUUACCGCCUUCUUCGUGAAACCCAUCCAAAAGGAGCUCAUUUUGCGGAAAGUGUCAAGCACAUUCUUCAACGAGAACUUGAAUGGGCAAGGUGGAAGAGCGAGUCAUGCCCAAACAUGGCAGACCUCGCGGACAAACAGCAAAUGCAACCCUAUAAA